AUGGUCAAAGGCACAGUUAACAAAGCUGCUGAUUCCACUGCUAAUGCUAAUAUUUCCCCAGCUACAAAUAACGAUCCAACUAGACCUUAUGUCUGUUCAGUGUGCACAAAAGCCUUCCAUAGAUUGGAACAUCAAACUAGACAUAUGAGAAUUCAUACAGGUGAAAAACCAUUCCAGUGUAAUUUUUGUUCAAAGAAGUUUAGUAGAUCAGAUGAGUUGACUAGACACACAAGAAUUCAUUCAAAUACAAGAUUGAAGAAGAAUGGUAAAAGUAAUAGUUAUGAGAAUUUGAAUCAACCAGUUACUUAUUAUGUCCAACCUCCAAAUCAACCACAAUUUGCUGCUGCUGGUGCUCCUGGUGUUCAAAUGCAACAAUUACCAAAUCAACCACCAAAUCAAAUCCCAGUUCAACAGGUUCCUCAUUUCUAUAUUCAUCAAGUUCCAAUCCCAGUUCAAACAUUACCAAUCCAACAAUUCCCAACAACUGUACAGCAAUUACCUCAACCACAACCUACUCAGCAUAUUUAUCAACCUCAACCUCAACAAGCUCAAACUCAAAUGGCACCUAUUCAAUCUCAAUCACAACAACAAGCACAAGCACAACAACAACCUUCACUUUUCCAAUCAAAACAAAUUCACCUGCCAAAUAUUCAAUCACCACCAAAGAUUCUGAAAUCAAAUUCAUCAUCUUCAUUCCAAACUUCUUCUCUGUUUUCAUCAAAUAAUAAUUCAUCAACAAAUAUAAGUGCUCUGUCGUCAAAAUCAAAUUCAUCAACUUCAUUAUAUUCAAUGAAUACUGCAACUGGUGGUGGAAAUCCAUUAAAUGCUCUUUCAACAUUGAAAAGAAUGACUCCAAUAACUACAUCAAAUUUCACACCUUCAAGAAAUCAUCAUUCUUCGCAUUCAACUGUUGAAGAACCAAUUAGAAAAAAAUCAAGACCAAAUUCACCAACUAUGUUUCAUCUUAAUGAAACUCCUUUAAGUACACCUUUACAAAGUCCAAAGCUGGGUGCUACUGAACUGAGUAAUGGUCAAAAUGGUAGUCAUAUUUCAUUACCAAGUUUAAGAAGUUUAGAUUUACCACAAUUAUCAUCAACUUCAAAUGAACAUCAUUGA